AUGGACCCACUUCCUUCCAUAAAAUCAAUUGCCAUCAUCGGAGCAGGCCCAGCAGGGCUUUCUGCCGCUUAUGAAUUCUUACAUACCUCGCGCGACGGAGAGUACAGUGGUUCAGCCUUGCCUGAUCUCCCAGCAUUUGAGAAGAUCGUGAUAUUUGAACAACAAGAUGACAUUGGAGGCAUUUGGAACACCAAAAUUGACCAUCCGGAUAGCGGAUUGCCUCCAAAACAAUUCCUUGCAAGCGGUACUUACCACGAUGCCGACCAAAUCCAUCCGCAAAACUGGGAGCAGCUUGAUUCAGACCACCAGAAAAUUAUUGAGCACGCCGAUGAGUCUCAUCCAAUCAUUACAACCCAUAUAGAUGAUACUCUUCAAUGGUCUCGUAGUGCGGUCUACGAUGGACUUUUCACCAACGUCCCAAAACCUUUUUUGAGGUUUUCGAUGUUUGAAAAUGACGAUUUGCAGCACAAUGACGGGUUUGAGUCUGAAAUCAACCCGCUAGCAAACUAUAAGAAACUUCUGGCAACCCUCCACAAGUUUUCAGACACCUAUGAUUUGAGAAAACUCGUUAGAUUCUUGACCCAAGUGGAAUCGAUCUCCAAAAAAGAUUCUCAAUGGGAACUUGUGUUGCGUCGUUAUAACCAGACCUCUAAUAAAGAUGAAUGGUACAGUGAGAAAUUCGAUGCGGUUCUUGUUGCUCUGGGACAUUAUUCUGUGCCAUUUGUUCCAUUUGUUCCUGGUCUUGGGGAAUACGAGCUUGCUUAUCCGGAUAGCAUUAUCCACAACAAAGCAUGGAGAAGCCCAGAACCAUACCGGGGUAAAAACGUAUUAUUUGUUGGUGGUAGUUUAAGUUCCAUUGAUAUUUUACAAUAUGUUGCUCCAGUGGCCAACAAGACUUAUAUUUCUCGUCGUAAUUAUGGUACCCCAGAAAAAACUCCGGCGGUAUUCCCUUGGUUGGACCGUGCUGCUGAAACCAAAGGGAUCAUUAACAAACCCGGGAUUCUGAAAUUCGAUACAGAAAAUAAGAAAAUCGAAUUCGCCGAUGGUUCGAUUGUUGAUGAUAUCGAUAAGGUUAUCUUUUCCACUGGGUAUCAUUGGCAUUAUCCAUUUCUUCCAAAGGACAAUAACGGACGUCAAUUAGUUUCAAUAUCUGCCGGUGACAGCAAGUCUGGCUCCAGCACGUCUAGACUCGAAGGGUUGUAUCAGCACAUUUUUGCCAUUGAUGAUCCAACAUUGGCGUUUUCUGGGGUCAAAAUUUCCUCUAUGAAAUGGCUUGCAAUUGAAACUUCUAAUGUUGCCAUCGCUGGUGUUUGGAGUGGGGCUACGAAGCUUCCAUCCAAAGAGAUCCAACGAAAAUGGGAAGAGGAUUUGGUGGGGAAAACUGGAAAUAAUCUUGGGUUUCAUUACUCCCCAUGGAACCUUCUUAAACAAGAUUUUGUCGACCAAGUGUUUCCGUUAGCCACAAAGGGAAGAAAAGACCCGUUAGCCCAGUGGGACAACGAUGUUAUCAAUGAGGAGUUUGACAAGACUCUGGAGGUUUUAGAACAAACAUUCCAUAAGUUCAAGAAUGGAGAGUUUACGUACCAAGAUUCCAUUUGA